AUGGGGUCCUCAACUUUCUCCUCUCCCUCUCCAGAUCUUCAUCCAGUGGACCUGUUGUCUCGAGUGCUGUCCCGAAACGGAGAGGCUCUGGCUGGGAUCCAUAUGGUGCAGGAGGGAGGUGCUCGUGGGGUCCAGUUCUUCAGUCCUACGCAAGCACUCACCUUUCCAUCGUCUCAGCUCUUCAUUAACUGCCCUCUCUUCCCUGCAGAAUUCUCCAUAGUGGCCACUGUAAAAGUGCCUGAAACCAGAAUGAAGAGGAAUGAGUAUUUGUUCACUGUGGUGAAGGAGGAUGCCAAUCAACUCCUGCUUGGCCUGCGUUUCUCUAAAGAGAAAGUCCAUCUCAUCUAUCAGGGCUCAAUGGGGAGGGAACGUCUCAUCUUUAAAAGAAUCCGCCUGGCGGACAACCGUUGGCACAGCAUGGUGUUAGCCGUCAGCGGUCAUCAUGCCACCCUCACCCUGGACUGCGGCGUCCCUCUGGAACUGGUCCAUAAACAGCCAUUUCCCUCUGAUCUCAGCACCGAUGGUUCCAGGUUCCAAAUCGGAAGUCGAAGGAAGUGGAAAGGCCUGUUCUCUGGUUUACUGCGCCAGCUUGUCCUUUUCCCCGGAUCAGACGCAACGCCACGUGUUUGUCCCUCUUCCAAUCCAACACUGGUUGAGCUUUCUGUCCCUACAAUCCUGUCAAACUUGCCAGUGAAAUCCCAAAUGAAUGAUGUCUUGCUCCCUCCAUAUGAGACGGAGGUCCGUGUGACUCUGGGGUCUAAACCAGCAUGCACUGCAGCAGAACUGGGGCAACUCUGGUUUGACACUCUUAAAAGAGGCCUUUUUCUAUGUGAUGGUGCAUACUGGCACUCUAUGUUGCAAGAGAAAGACAGACUACACUAUGUAGACGAAUACCAGGACCUCUACACCACCUCAGAGACUCUGGACAUUGAGCUUUUCCAGAUCCCCUCUGUUGGGCUGUUUGCUGCUAUGGCUCAUCAGGCUAACAAACCAGGCUCUGCCAUCUACCACUGGAACCACGGCCAAUUCCAGCUCUACCAAAACAUCAGCACCUUUAAAGCCCAGGCAUGGAAGCAGUUCACUAUAGGGAGGAAGAUGUUCUUGGCGGUGUCAAACUCCGUGGGCCCAGUGGACGGAGAGCGAGAGCUAUCUGUGAUCUAUCGGUGGAGUAAUAAGAGACUGAAGUUUGUGCAUUAUCAGACCCUGGAGACGCACAGCGCUCGUGACUGGGAGGCCUUUCAUAUUAAUAAUGAAGCUUUUUUAGCUGUGGCUAAUCACAGAACAGAGACUGGCAAUCACAACAUUGACAGCAUUGUUUAUAAGUGGAACCCAGGCACCAAUAUGUUUGAGGUGAAUCAAACCAUCUCGACAUCAGGAGCUUAUAACUGGGAGUUUUUCACCGUAGGGCCCUACCACUUCCUAGCAGUGGCCAAUGCAUUUGAUGGCACCUCCACCCAAACAGAUUCAUCCAUCUACAUCUGGCUUGGUGGAGCCUUUCAGCUUUUUCAGACUAUAAGGACAUUUGGGGCUACAGACUGGGAGAUGUUUCAGAUUGGAAACAGAGUCUUCCUAGCUGUUGCCAAUGGACACAUGCUUGUGAGAGAGGACCAAGCCUCUUAUGACAUCAACUCAACUAUAUAUGAACUUGAUGUGACAACCAAGAUGUUCCUCAAAUUCCAAGACAUUGUAACAUACAGUGCGGUGGACUGGGAAUUCUUUUCUGUUGGAGAUGAACACUUCUUAGUCGUAGCCAACUCUUACGAUGGAUCAUCUUACUCUUUGAACAGUGUUAUAUACAGAUGGCAGGGAUAUGAGGGUUUUGUUCCUGUCCAUCGGUUGCCUACUAUUGGAUGCAGUGACUGGGAGUUCUUUACCUCAGCAGAGGGUUCAUACCUGAUGUACUCCAGUGCCAAAACACCUCUCUGCAAAGUCUUCAAGCUGAGGAUCCACUGAAGGCACAAACAAUAGUUCAGUUUUUGCUUAUUUUUACCACAUGCCACAGAAGUUGAUAGAACUGAAUUGUUCUCUUUCACUAGUGACUUCUGCCUUGACUAACACUUUGAUGAGAAACUCUUUAAUGUCAGAGAAGUCAAUCAAGCUGAAAGGGGUGGAAUAUGGAGUUUGAUACUUCCUGUAAACUACCUCAUCUGCAUAAAAAGGACUGUCAAGAUGAAAGAGUCUUUCAGUGGUGACUCUCUCAAAUGUGUACUCAAAUCAGUUCAGUUUAAAACUGUUUAAAUGAGAUUGAUAUUUUUCUAACGAUUAAUGCGGUUUUAUUAUUAUUAUUAUUAAUGACAUUUAUACAGCCUAUAAAUGUUUCAAA